AUGCUCAUUUCUUACCGCAUUGCAUAUCUAUGGAUGGAGAGUCAGGUAUACCCAGACGCAGCGUCCACAGAUAUUGGUCCAACGCCACUCCAGUACGGAAUGUUGAUUCAACUACUUGGCUCCCCGAGUGUACUAUCGCUGGGUACCACGGUGCGUUACUUCUUUUGUGGCUCAAGAGCUCCUGCACCGGCAUACUUCUGGAAGGCUGUCGUUCUUGGAAGCGUGGUAUACUUGGUCGGCCACCUUGUGGGGAUGGCUGACUUAUGGUUACAUGAGACCACGAUCGCCACAAAAUAUCUCAACCCAUCCAAUCCGGUGCUCAAUACGUCUUUUAUCUUCAAUUCGAUUGCAUGUAACAGCAACCCAAACGAAACCCCAACCGCCGGAGACACCAUAGCACUAGAGAAUGCGAUAUUCACAGACUAUUACUUUGACUGGAUCGAACAGGCUUAUCGCGGGAAUCAAACCUCAGUACAGACUCUUCAGCCUCGCAAUCAUCGAAAGCCUGCGACCAAUUCAACCGCAUCGUUGAUCCAACUCAGCUGUGACAUGCCACCGGCAUUCGUGCCUAAGGAAACCUUGGCCCCAUCCAUAUUGCGCGUGAAGGACCACUACCGCAAGUAUAGGCUGUAUGCGUCGUGCAGCAUCAUAGUAUUUAACGUGACUGCUAAAUACAACGGGAGUGCCGAAGAAAGUCAGUACUGGAGCCUCGAGGGUGCUAUUCCAUCUAGCCCCGAGUUCACCGAUAUUGUCCUUGAUGCACAUAACCAUAACGCAGCCAGCGAUCACAUAGCCAUGAACAUCAAGAGCCGUGCAAUGAAGAGUCAAACUGAUCAUGAGAUCGCUACUUUCCUUGGGCAAGAGGUGUCUCGCUUGGCUCUGGGCAUGAGCGCUGGAAUAUUUGAGUCUUCCAAAGCGAAGAACGUUGUUAAGCGUAAUCCUAUACUUGUUGGACGUUACAAACUGGCCCCGUUCCUUGCACUCGUACUACUUUUAUUCAUCUACGGUGUUAUAGCAUUCAUCGUGUUUCUUAUGUCAUUCAACAUGCGUUCAGGCACCAUUGCUAUUCCUCAUGACCUCCGAGUACCUGAAUCGGCGGAGCGAGAAAAGUGCAAAAGCGUGUCGAUACUAGAGUUGGUGCAGUUCCGGCUUAGCAGCCCUAUACCGACGGUGAUGCAACUUUUAUCUCCACCGAUCAAGUCACUGCAUAAUCCUAUUCCGAGCGACCCAGAUGCUCAGUCCGUGUCUCGAAGUGUUGGAAGACUCAUUAGUACAGAGACUGACCCUUCGGAGUGCACCGAACGUCGAGUGAGGCUGGAGAUUGAAGAGACAACAGUUAGGCCCCGAUUUGGGGCAUGGGGAGACGAGGUAAUUAUCGUGAAAUCCAAUUCCACCAACCCUCUGUGA